GAUAAUUUCACGAAUCUUCCAACUGACACCUCACCUGCCUCUCCCCUUCGCCAUCUCUUCUUCUUCCACACCCCCACUUCCUGCUAUUUCUAGAGGGGGUUCUAAUUUCUUUCCUGUCUAUCCUUUUCCCUGCAAAGCUGUCUAUUUCUCAGGGUUACAACCUGCACUGUUUCCCUGAUCUUUUGACGCUCUCUUCUAUCACCCACGCCACAUCCUCUUGAUACUUCUCUCCAUCUCUCCUCUGGGACGUUUUUAUCUGGCCGAAACCAGCAGAUCGCCGACCUGGACCCUGUUCUACAUCGCCAACUACCAUAUUUCAAGUGGCUGCCGGACUGCUUUGGUGAGGAAGGAGAGAACCUAAAAACGUCAUAAGGACUCUCUCGCGACUUUCUCCGCGACCCGGUCGUUUCGACCCCCACACCCCUCUCUGGGACGUGCCCUCUUGGAAAAUUUCACCCUCCUCAUGAUUGCCUGCCUUGCCGACCGUCAUCAUGGGGAGAAUUAAGAAGGUGGCUGGCCAGAAACACGAGGCUACAAUCUCGCCUUUUCUAUCAGAAUUUGUGUCUCGUACGACGAUCGUUUCGAUUCCAGAGCUACCCUCACACCUCAAUACCUUUCCUCGCAUCUGGGACUUCCCCCGAGGUGAUCUCUAUCAUUGGAUCAAUGUUCUGAACCGUUUCGAUGAGAUUUUGGCCUCGGUCAUUGAGAAAUAUGAUCUCAACAACGGCCCGCAGACCCAGCCCUUUUGCCGACAGUAUCUGCUGCAGACCUUGAGUGGUGGUGACGGAAAUGAGACCGCCCCCGAGGACGCCGAUCUCAAACUCAAUACCCUGGGAUAUGGUCCGGAGGGAGAUAGAGAGCUGGUGGAAGCUAUCUUGGAGUUCUCGAGACUUCUGCUCGAGAAGUGUGGUAACCGCAGCCUCUACAGCAGUAGUGAUCGUCUUGGUGACCUCUUGAAUACAACAUCGCUGGCUCUCCUCCAAACCACCUUGCGUCUAGCGCUCUCUUUGGCCCAGAGAUAUCAUUCCCGCCAGCGGAGCGGCUCUCACAUCCAACAGAGCUUGCUCACGGCCCACUAUAACAUCGACCUGGAGAAGUUACAGAAGAUUGCCGCGCCUAUUCCCCGUCCGUUCACCACCGGCAAGACGUCGGUUGCCGCGUCUCCUGCGAUAACGACGAAAGAAAAAGACAAAGCCUCUCAGGUCAAGCACAAUGCCAACGAUCUUCUGUCGUUGACCCGAGAGACUGCUGGAUGGGAGGAUUGGGGCCACGUGCAUAUCCUCUACUACCCCUCGGGUGCCCCCGAGCCUUCGAAAACGCAUGCCGACACCACUCUGCCGGCUGAACCCCAUCCCCAACCCCCCGCCACCCCGACUCCUUUACGCCGAAGCAACACUCACCCAACGCCGCGACUGAGCCGUGUGUCGAAUGUAGAUGAUUCUCCUGCCAGCCUGGUCCAUCAGACCCCAUCCGGAAAGUUGGACGAGGCUCCGCGCGGUGGCAAGAUUCUUGAUAUCCCGCACUCGGUGCUUUCGACGACCACGGCGGAGAGUAUCGUUUCAUCUCACCUCGCUGAGAUGCCUAACGACUCGAAGUAUGAGCUGCUUCAUAAAGUGAGAACAGUGCAGGGAUUGGUAUCCUCCCCGUCGACCCGUGAACAGAUCCUGUCCAUCAGAAUGCUCGCCAUCAGCAAUCUUGCCUACGUCUAUCCAGAGAAUAUUUUCCAACAAAAGAUUCUUCAGCACGACAUGGAGCAGCCCAAGCGGCUACAGCUGGCCUAUCAACUCGCAGAACUGGUGCACCUUGGAGCAAGCGGCGACAUUGAUGCUUCGAGAACCGUUCAGACUUUCGCCAUGCAGGCCCUUGAUGCUCUCGCUAAACACAAAGCGCGUGCCAUCGACGUCUGUGCAGCAUUGAAUGUCAAUGUGAACCACGGAAUUCUGAUGUUUUUGACCCGAAAAGCGAUUGAUGAGCUGAGUGUUGAGUCCAAUGGCCAGGAUGAGACGGCCCAGGAUGAAUGGAGGGAUUCUCUGCUGGCGCUCCUGCGUACACUCCCCAGUUCGAGUAAUAGAACACCGGAGACGCUGGUCGCCGCUGGUCUGAUCCCAAUGUUCGUCGAUAUUAUCAAUUUGCGAACCGAAAAGGCACGCCGGGUUUAUUCGCGUGUCAUGGAGUUCCUUGACACAUUCGUCCAUGCCGUUCGUGAUGCCCUCGGCACGCUGGCCAGCGCGAAGGGUUUCGAUGCAAUCUCGGAUCUCAUUGCGUUUGAGACUCAGACUGCAUUUGAGAAUGUGUCAAAGGGCUCUGGCAUCCCGUCCCAGUACAAGACUCCAUCUGUUGAUUACCAGAUCCCUUAUUUCCAGCAGCAGAGCCUUCGUUGGCUCUUUCGCUUCGUCAACCACAUCAUGCAGCAUAACGGAGGCGGCCUUGACCGCGUGCUUCGCAAUCUGAUCGAUUCACCCCAGUUGCUGACCUCCUUCCGCUUGGUCUUCGAGAAUACGCGCCUGUUUGGCUCGCAUGUUUGGAGCAGUGCCGUCAACAUCCUUAGCAACUUCAUCCACAAUGAACCCACGAGUUAUGCGGUGAUCGCCGAAGCCGGUCUCAGCAAAGGUUUCCUGGAGGCGGUCAUGCUCGACGAAUUGCAGGUCCAAGAAAAGCCAGUCACCGAAGUCGAAAGCCCCGGAAGUGCUGGGGAGCCUUCAACAAGACCGGCCACUGCAAGCACCGGGCCAGGAGCUGAGACAGACAUCCAGGCUCGAGAAUAUUGUCUCUCAAGACCGAAGGACAAGAGACUAGCCCCCGGUAUUGUACCGGCUACCGAGGCCAUUUCUUGCAUCCCCAAUGCAUUUGGAGCCAUCUGUCUCAAUUCUUCAGGAUUGUCUCUCUUCCAGUCUUCACAUGCCCUUGAAAGUUUCUUCGAGAUUUUUGAGAGUCCUCAACACGUUAAAUGCCUGAAAGAUGAUCCGAAUCUAGUUCGCUCUCUGGGUACUGCUUUCGACGAACUGGUACGCCAUCAUCCUGCCCUGAAAACGUCAAUCAUGUCCGCAGUCAUAGUCAUGGUCGCUCGCGUUGGUCUUUUGUGCAAGCGCAAGGCCUGGGAACAUGGCAUCGGUGCGAAAUUAUGGGUUGAAGACUCACAGGGGAAACUCGGUCUCUCUGGGGACCUGUCCUCUCUCUACAAGGCAAUUGGCAUCCCAGUCGAGGCCCCGGCAGACGAUGCACAAUGCCUAGGAUUGCCGGUACUCAAUUCGACCACUCUUCCCAACGGCGGCAAAUUAGUUGUUGGUGGUCCAAUCGAACCUGUCUCAUUAGUGGACCUCUCUCAGGAACCCAAGGAGAAAGAUGACUUUGGCCUCACAGUCACCGACUAUAUUUAUCCGGUGGUUCGCUUUUUGGGUGCAUUCUUUGAGAACCAGACCAACUGCACGUCCUUUGUCGAGUCCGGCGGUGUCGAAUUUGUGCUGGAUUUUGCAACCCUGCAGAGUUUGGCUUUUGACUUCCACAACACGGAUGCCAACCAGGAGCUUACCGUCCUAGUCCACAUGCUAGCGGAGACCAAGCCCCAUGUUGUCAUGCCUUCCCUGCUUCACCGUGCCCAGACUACAGUUGAUUGCCUCUCCAGCUUUUGGGCCGAACCCAAGGAUACCGGUUUCUUCACCUCAUUGAUCAAGCCAGCUGCAGACACGGAACACUCGGAAGACGAGAGAUCAUCAUCCAGCCUUGUGAAACGCCAGGGGACAUACAUCGCUAAGCAUAUGGUCUCUGCACUGAUACUGACUGAUCUUCUUCGAGAGAUCUUUUCCAUGCCCUUGUACCAGACACGGCCUAGCCAGCAGACUUCUGUCUUUGUGCAAGUAAACCUGGCCGAUCGGUACUCUGCCCUGGUGACUUCUCUCGGAAGUUUGCAUGCUGCAUGCGUCUGGGAAGAGAUUCUCCUCGAGAAUAACAUCCCUGACAAGUGGAACGCGGCAACCAAGGCACAACUUGCGGCCCCUAGACCGGAGGGCUCCAACGAGACGCCAGGCUUUUUGAACCCCCAGCCGCCUGCCUCUGCGGGCGGACCUAUGCCUGGGGAGGGCGCCUUAGCAGCCAAUGAGCCUGUGCAGAAUCCGACUUUGCAGGCAGCUACCACCGGCCCUACGAGCUCAUCUGAAGGUGGAGCGGCCUUUCGGAGUGCGCAGACGCUUCGCUACCUGCUUAGCUCCCUUCCCUCUUCUAUCACCGGAUUCCUUCAUAACAUGGGCCACAGCCUAAUCGGCAAGCGGAGGAUGGACUACUAUCAAAGACAGAACGCCUCGAUGGUUGCAGAUUCUAUUGCCAGCGUUGUCCUUACCCAAUUGCAGUUUGGACCUCCCAAUGCCUGUGACAACCACCGAAUGCGCUUUGCCUAUCUGAUUGUGAUAUUAUCUUCAUUCUCACAUUUGCUGUUUGAAACGACUGGCGAGAGGCCUCACACCCACUACUUGACUCUUGUUCUUUUUGCGUUCAAACGCAAAGACGGAAUGAAGGUGAUGAAGGAAGUCUGCAGGACUUUUAUGCAGGAGGUUAAGGCUCUCACCCCAACUGAUCUUAAUGCCACUCCAGAUAACGAUAUUUCCGCGCGCUUGACUUCGGCAUAUGGAGGAAUCAAGAUUAUCCUUGCUUUCUUUGCCGAUGUUGCUUCUGGGAAAAACAUCAUUGAUUCAAGCCAAACGCAGGCUAUGACCCACACUGAUCGGGAUCGAGACCGCCCAGAUUACUUCCAGCCUGGCCAGUUCCUGGUAGAUCUUCGCAUGGAAAUCAUUCCGAUGGUACUGGAAAUGUGGAACUCUGACUUCGCCAUCCAUUCUUCCAGCUCUGUCGUGAAAUGCCUAGUAGAUAUCUUGCGUUCUGCCCUUGAUGGCGAGUACGAGGCAGGUGCUGCUCGACGAUCCGAUACGCAGCCGGUGUUGUCUGAGACUACGAAGAAGGUAUUCUCCAUCAACAGGGAUCGAUACACGUCGCUACGGGAAAAGAGUUACGAUAGAGACCUCUGCAAAGAAGCUCUUUAUCGUUGCAACAACGUUUUUUCUGCUGCGGAGGAGUACUGUAGUGCUCAGAACUGGUUGAGAGUGCCGCCACGUCUACCGCCACCUGUGAAUGAUAUUGAAUCAAGAUCCACUACUACCUCUGGCGGAGAGGCAUCAGAGGAUACUGUCGUGGGAGACGCCCCAUCUUUCGGAAGUGGGUUUUUGGACCGCAAUACCCUCGCUAUGAUCCUUGCUCAAGCUUCAAAUCGUUCUACCGACGACGGGUCUCACCAAGACCAAGAUCGAUCACGGGAUGAGCCCGACCUUGGGAAUGGAACCGAUAUUAUCACCAGAGCCUUGAAUCACAUUUUCAACGAUGAACACGAUAUGGCUGGAGAGGACCAAGAAGGAUCGGCAAGCCGCGGCCUCCUGGCGCCUUCCUCAUCUGAGCCUACCAACCAACCUUCUGGCCAGCCUGCGAAACGGCGGGAGGUCACCAGUGUGGAUGAUCUGGACUCGGAACGAGAAAAAGUACGAUCAAAUCUCAUUGAACGGUGCCUCGAUGUCUUGAACGAACAUCACGAUGUAUCUUUUGAGCUGGCAGACUUGAUCGCUGCUGCUACGAGAAAGCAUCGCGAGCCCGAAAACUUCCGUCGAGAAGUGGGAGCAACCCUCGUCCAAUCCCUCGUUUCUUUACAGAUGGAGAAUUUCCAGACUGCCGGCAAAAAGAUCGCUGCAUACGCUCAUCUUCUUGCUCUUGUUCUCCAAGACAAGGAAAUGUACACCGCAACUAUAGACGAGCUGAAAGACUGCUUCUCAACUCUUCUCGCCUUUAUCAAGCUUCCAACACCAGACAAGCCCAACGACGAGUCUUUCCCCUGGAUUGGACAUAUCCUGCUCAUUCUUGAGAGGUUGCUUUCCGACGACGCUCAGCCGCCUCAGAUUCGCUGGAACCCCCCUGCCUUUGACAAUAUGGUGUCUGCAGAAGAACCGGCCCAGCUUGAGGAGUCACUUGUCUCGUUGGACGAGAAAACGCAGCUCUUUGAAGCUCUUGUUGAAGUCUUGCCAAGGAUCGGGAAGGACGAUACCUUGGCACUGUCCAUGUGCCGGAUUCUGGUAAUCCUGACCCGUAACCGCUCGAUCGCAGCCUCCCUUGGCGAGAAACGAAACUUGCAGCGUCUUUUCGUUAUGGUGAAACAACUCUCCAGCUCGGCGAAUGAGAAACUCCAGAGUGCCUUCAUGUUGAUUCUCAGGCAUGUUGUUGAGGACGAAGAUACUAUUCGGCAAAUCAUGCGAAGUGAAAUCGUCGCCAACUUCGAAUCCAAAUCGUCUCGACAGAUCGAUACUACCGUUUACGUACGCCAGAUGUACCACCUCGUUCUGAGAUCACCUGAGAUCUUCGUUGAAGUCACAAAUGAAAAGCUCAAAUUGCAACGAUAUGAUAGCCAUCAGCGACCUCAAAUAUUGACCCUGAAGUCCGACAAGAACACUCCUACAUCGGAAUCCUCUCGGGAAGAGACGAAGGAUACAGGAAAGGGUACCGCUGGCAAAGCUGAGGGUGUGGCCAAGGACAAAACCAAAAUCUCAGAGAUGAAGCCACCCAUCGUGGAAAAUCCUGAUGGAGUCAUUCAUUAUCUGCUUUCUGAACUCUUGUCAUAUAAGGAUGUAGAUGACAAAGAGCCGCCAUCGGAGACACUUCAACCCUCUGAAGCUGAGCACAUCGAGACUCAGACGGACGUCGAGAUGUCUACUGAGGAGCAUUCUCCGUCAGCCUCAAGCACUGAUCUGCCGGCCACACGCAACGCGAAGAAAUCCGAGAAGCCCCCUUUCAAGGCAGACGAGCAUCCUAUCUAUAUCUAUCGAUGCUUCAUCCUGCAGUGCUUGACUGAACUUCUUUCAUCGUAUAACCGGACGAAGGUUGAGUUCAUCAACUUCUCCCGCAAAGCUGAUCCAUUGGCAACUACACCUUCAAAACCGAGAUCUGGAAUUUUGAACUAUCUUCUGAACGUGCUGAUCCCCCUGGGUACAAUGGAACAUGAUGAGUCGGUAACAUUUAAGAAACGAAGCAACACUUCGUCCUGGACGAUGCGUGUUAUUGUUGCUCUCUGUACAAAAACCGGCGAAUUUGGAGAAGCUGGCCGCCGUCGCAACGACCAGGAUGAAGAAGACGAGCCCGAACUUUCAUUUGUGCGAAGAUUCGUCCUAGAGCACGCUUUGAAGUCAUACAAAGACGCGAAUGCUUCCACUGAAUCUCUUGACAUCAAAUACUCGAGAUUGAUGUCACUUGCCGACCUAUUCGACAAGAUGCUCAGUGGAUAUACCUUCGUUUCCGGUGACACGGCUUUCCCUUCAUCGACAAGACAACUUGCCAAAACCAUGUUCGAGAAGCAUUUCAUUUCGGCACUUACUGCUUCUGUCGCUGAAAUUGACCUAAAUUUCCCGUCAUCUAAAAGAGUGAUCAAAUACAUUCUGCGUCCAUUGAAUAAACUAACCCAGACUGCCGUACUCUUGAGUGAAACCUCGGACAUCUCUUCGCUCGGAGAGACUGACGAAGACGAUAUUUCUUCAGCGACUUCUGUUUCAGACAUGGACGACGAGCGAGAAGAGACACCCGAUCUCUUCCGUCAUUCGACACUGGGGAUGCUAGAGCCUCGCCAUGAAGAAGAAACCAGCUCCGAAGAGCUGGAGGAGGAAGAUGAUGAGAUGUACGACGAUGAGUACGACGACGAAAUGGAUUAUGAGGAAGAACUUCCAGAAGAUGAUGGUGAGGUGGUUAGCGACGAAGAUGACAUCGACGGAAUGGGACCCAUUGAAGGACUCCCCGGGGAUACUGGAAUGGACAUUGAGGUCGUUGUUGACGAUGAUGAUGAGGACGAUGAAGACGAUGGAGAUGACGAAGAUGACGAUGAGGACUCGGACAUGGACGACGAAAUCCUCGCAGGGGAAAUCACCGGUGACCAUGACAACGAGAGCCUGGGAGAAGGUGAAGAUGAUGAAUGGGAGAGCGAAGAUAUGUCAGAAGAUGACGAAGAAGCGGAAAUGAUGAAUCAAAUUGAAAGCGAACUUGCCGACAUGAGGCAAUCGGAUCAACGCGGCGAUGUUCAAAGAUUUGACGACCUAUUCCGUGUUCUUAACGAAGCUGCAGGAGGCGCCGAUGUGCUCCACGCCGAUAGCCUCGGAGAUCUUCAAGAUGAUAUGGGCGAAGAUGACUUGAAUGAAGACGAAGAAGAUGACGAACUGGAUGAGCUCGAGGAUGAUCUUGACGAGAUGGAAAAUGACGAAGAGGGAUCAUAUGGUGAUUUUGAUAACGAGGACAUUGACCUGGUUGAUCCUUGGGGAUGGGAAGGCGAUGAGCCUCCUCUGCCCCGUGGACAUCAUCACCACCACCACCGCUUCCGUGGCACUCAGCCGGCUUGGACUGUGACCGGAUUCAUGCCUCAUCGUCAUGGCAUCGUUCCUGUCCCACCUUAUCGCGUUCAUCGCACUCAGAUCUCUUCUCGUGGAAAUGACGAUGGUGUCAAUCCCCUCCUUGUUCGCGGUGACCGCGUUCCCGAAGCGGCUGCUCAAUCUCGUGCUCCUGGGACCGAUGCGUACACGGACUGGGUACAUGGGAUGGAGCCUAUUUCAACUGGACGCUUGCUCAUGGAUAGUCCUGUCAGUUUCAUGAACGCAAUCAUGCAGGCCAUCGGCGGACAGGGUGCUCCAGGACUUGGAGUGUUCAAUCGCCCCGAUGGCAUCCACGUUCAUGUUGAUCGACGUGCUAUCUUCCCUCACCGUAUACAGGAUCUUUUUGGCCUGGGCAGACCCCAAACUGGUCCUUCCCGGACUCGCGAUGACCCCAGUCAGGCUGUCAGCUUUGCGCUGGCAACAACAAGAAGCCGUUGGCAAGAAGAGGCUCGCAUUCUGUUCAGCAAUAGCUACGUGGAGAAGACCCAACGUGUUGUCAACUCUCUUCUGAAGAUUCUCGUUCCUCCGGCGAUUGAAGAAGAGAAGAAAAGGCAGAAGCAGAUAGAAGAAGAACGCAAGCGCCGGGAAGAGGAGAAAGCAGAAAGAGAGCGCCAAGAGCGCCUUGCCCGGGAAGAGGAGGAGAAGGAGAGAAAGCGCAAAGAGGAGGAGGAGAAUGCCAGGCGAGAGCUGGAGAGAGAACAAGAAGCAGAGCAGCCGGCGGAAAUCGCGGAGCCAAUGGAUGAUGUUCAGCGUACAGACGAGGGUGCUGCAACUUCCGUGCCCACUGAGCAACCUGAAACUGGCCCGACUGAGCCUGCUCGCCGAGUCCACACGACAAUCAGAGGCCAGCCACUUGAUAUAACCGGUAUGGAAAUCGAUCCUGAAUAUCUGGAGGCCUUGCCCGAGGAGCUCAGGGAAGAGGUGAUUAUGCAACAAAUCGCAGAACAGCGAUCCCAAGCCGUUGCCGCUGGUGAAGAGCCGAGCGAAAUCAACCAGGAAUUCUUGGAGGCCUUGCCCGCCGACAUCAGAGAGGAAUUGUUACAACAAGAAGCAGCAGACCGGCGACGACGCGAGCGCGAGAAUGCUCGAAGACAAGCUGCUGUUUCCACUGGAGUUCCUGCUCAUGGAGGAGACGAAAUGGAUGCAGCUAGUUUUCUCGCCAGCCUCGACCCAUCCUUGCGACAGGCUGUACUUGUUGAUCAGCCAGAGGAAGUUCUUGCUACUAUUGGUCCGGAAUUCCUUUCGGAGGCCCGCGCUCUUACUGGUAGACGAAUCGGUCAGUUUGGAGACGUUGGAAGAAUUGACCGGCAGAGAAACGAAGCAGAGGAGGGUCAAGAACCUAAAAAACAGCAGCGUCGCCAGAUUGUUCAGAUGCUGGAUAAAGCCGGCGUUGCAACUCUCCUCCGCUUGAUGUUUAUGCCUCUCCAGGGUAACGCUCGUCACCAGUUGAAUGAUAUCCUACACAAUGUCUGCGAAAAUCGGCAAAAUCGAAUGGAAGUUGUCACCUUAUUGCUCUCGAUCCUUCAAGACGGAAGCGUGGACAUUUCUGCCAUCGAGCGCAGCUUCGCCCAACUGUCACUGCGUGCAAAGACAAUUUCAACACAGAAAACCCCUCAAUCCGUCAAGCGCAAUCUCGGCUUCCAGACAUCUGCGAUCAGCAGCGACGUGACGCCGAUGAUGGUUGUGCAACAGUGUUUGGGAACGCUUUCCUUCUUAACUCAAUACAACCCUCACAUUGCGUGGUUCUUCUUGACCGAACAUGAGUCCGCCUCUACGCUGAAGCUGAAGGCCUUGCGCAAGGGUAAGGGGAAAGAAAAUCGGGCGAAUAAGUUUGCUUUGAAUGCUCUCCUGUCACUGCUCGACCGUAAACUUAUCAUGGAGAGCCCGGGCUGCAUGGAACAAUUGUCAAGUCUUCUCAGCAGCAUCACUCAGCCGCUGACUUUACUCCUCCGCCGUGAAAAAGAGAAGCAAGACGAGGACAAGGGCAAGGCACCAGAAGGAGCCGAAACCCCCGACCAGCCUAUCCAGACUUCUGAAACCGCAGAAACUACAGUUGUCACCAGUGGAGAUGCUACUAUGACUGACGUUGCGCCUCUGGAAACAGCUGAAACUCGAGGGGCCGAGGAAGCGACGGGUCAGACCGAGGACGACAAGGCUGUAAAGGCGACCAAGGAGGCUCCGGAGGACGACAAACACAAGAAGAAGACCAUCGAACCUCCAGUCGUUCCCGAGGCCAAUCUUCGCCUGGUUGUCCACAUACUGGCUGCUCGCGAAUGCAAUGGAAAGACAUUCAGGGAUACUUUGUCGACAAUCAAUAAUCUGUCUGCUAUUCCUGAUGCCAGGGACGUCAUCGGCAACGAGCUGGUUAGCCAAGCUCAGAAUUUGACCACGACCAUCCAUUCUGAUCUGGGUGAUCUUCUGUCUCAUGUCCACCAAGCUCAAACCGGUACCGAUAUGCAAGGUCUGGCACUAUCCAAGUUUUCUCCUGCCAGCUCUGAUCAGGCGAAACUUCUUCGUAUCUUGACGGCUCUUGACUACUUGUUUGAUCCUAACCGCACGGACAAGAUCAAGGGAGGAGAGCCGGAAUCUGCUGCCAAGGAAACCAUGCUCAAAACACUCUACGAGAGUUCAACUUUCGGGCCACUCUGGGCUAAGCUGAGUGAUUGCCUCACUGUCAUCCGACAGAAGGAGAACAUGUUGAAUGUGGCCACAAUCCUGCUUCCUUUGAUCGAGGCAUUAAUGGUCGUCUGCAAGAACACCACCUUGAAGGACUCUUCUCUUUCCCGGAACAGUCGCGAGUUAUCUGUCUCAAGCACGUCGCCCGAUGCUGGCGUGAGCAUGGAAGGUCUGUUUUUCAAGUUCACCGAGGAACACCGCAAGAUUCUCAAUGAACUGGUUCGCCAAAAUCCUCGACUCAUGAGCGGCACCUUCUCGUUGCUGGUGAAAAACCCCAAGGUCCUGGAGUUUGACAACAAGCGCAAUUACUUCACUCGCCGUAUUCAUUCACGUGGCGCUGAGCCACGCCAUCCCCAUCCGCCGCUCCAGCUUUCUGUUCGGAGAGACCAAGUCUUCCUUGACUCGUUCAAAUCUCUUUACUUCAAGACGGCCGAUGAGAUGAAAUAUGGCAAGCUGAAUAUUCGGUUCCAUGGUGAAGAAGGUGUUGAUGCUGGCGGUGUAACGCGAGAGUGGUUCCAAGUCCUUGCCCGAGGAAUGUUCAAUCCCAACUACGCCUUAUUUAUCCCCGUUGCCGCCGACCGGACCACUUUUCAUCCCAAUCGACUCAGCGGAGUCAACUCGGAACAUUUGAUGUUCUUCAAGUUUAUCGGACGAAUCAUCGGAAAGGCAUUGUACGAGGGCCGUGUUCUGGACUGUCACUUCAGUCGAGCAGUCUACAAGUCCAUUCUCGGACGAUCUGUAUCGAUCAAAGAUAUGGAGACCCUUGAUCUCGACUAUUACAAAUCUCUCCUAUGGAUGCUUGAGAAUGAUAUCACCGACAUCAUCACCGAGACUUUCUCUCUUGAGACGGACGCUUUCGGAGAGAAGCAAGUGAUUGAUCUAGUGGAGAACGGCCACAAUAUCCCGGUCACCCAGGAGAACAAGGAAGAAUACAUUCAGCGUGUUGUUGAAUAUCGCCUGGUCGGCUCUGUCAAGGAACAGCUGGAUAACUUCCUCAAAGGUUUCCAUGAAAUUAUUCCACCUGAUCUGAUUUCCAUUUUCAAUGAACAAGAGCUCGAACUGUUGAUUUCCGGUCUUCCUGAGAUCGAAGUCGAUGACUGGAAGAACAACACCGAGUACCACAACUAUUCCGCCUCGUCGCCACAGAUCCAAUGGUUCUGGCGUGCAGUCCGUUCGUUCGACAAGGAAGAGCGUGCUAAGCUUCUCCAGUUCGUCACUGGUACCAGCAAGGUUCCUCUCAAUGGUUUCAAAGAACUUGAAGGUAUGAACGGCGUGAGCAAGUUUAAUAUCCAUCGCGACUAUGGCAAUAAGGAUCGUCUGCCUAGCUCUCACACAUGCUUCAACCAACUUGAUCUCCCCGAAUAUGAGAGUUACGAAACUCUGCGGCAGCGCCUCUAUACUGCCAUGACGGCCGGUAGUGAAUACUUCGGAUUUGCAUAGGCUGAUGAUUUUCUUCUUCCUGGCACGAAUGUUAUGGUUCUUCUUUUUCAUGACCGAAGCAUCCGGCGGCGUUCAGCUUUUCUUCUCCUUCUUCUUCCCCAAACAGCUUGUACAAUUCGCGUCUAUGGUUGAUAUGGAUCAAGACUUACACAGGAUGAGAUGGUUUGCGCUUCUACGAAGAUGAACCUUUUUAUUAGUCCGACCUGAGACGAGUCCGAAGUGCAGGUCAGCUCGCAAUCUCAGGACGGCAAUAGACUGAUUCCUCCAGUGACAGUCUCGUCCUUUCUUCAUUCAUGUAUUUAACCUCAAGUUUUGUUUUGUUCUUUCG